UAUAUAUGUAAAAAGGAGGAAUGUACAGAUUCAUCAUUUUUAACUUCCUUAGAUACUGAGAGUUCAGGCGACAGCAUAAGAAUGCUGAUGACUUUUUUGGGUGGUGCGAUGUUAAAGUUCCUUACCUAAGCAUAUCAGUGCCAUGAGAGAUUGUCCAAGGUGACUUUGAAACCAGUUGAAAGUAGUUUCAGGGCGCUGACGAAGAGAGUGAAUUCAUAUGUACAUGUACGAGCUAUGUCCGUUCUUAAUGGCAUGUAUUAGCCAGAACGGGGGAGACGGGCUGCUUUGGGGAGAAAAGGCAGAAUGCCAGGAUGGCUCUGCAAUGUUUUUUGUUUUGUGAAAAGCGUGUGAUAUUACAAGCUGCAAUGGAUCACUAUCACUGAACUAGUGGUUCUUCACCUGCUAAACCUCCCAAGACUUGCUCACUUCUCUUAUAGCAAGCGAACACCAAGUGAUUUGAUGUUUUUCUCCAUGGAAGAAACCCCUGGUACGUAGAUCAAAAUAACUUCGGUUGUUACAGCACCACAAAGAUGAAUUGGACUGUGACAUCACCAGCGAUGAUGCUAUUGCUUUUGUUGCAUGCAACAGGCCUAGCUCAAGGUCAAGCAACUGCAGGCGAAGAAUCUGUUGAGUUAUUGCCAUCAGAUGUUCCAGUGACUAUGAUGGAAAGGCUGACACGGGGACAAGAUGGAGGAAUAAAGGACUUUUUCGAUCUAAGGACCAGCUUGGGCACCAUUACUGGACUGAAAGAGCCUACUCGGCCUCCCCAUCAUCCAAACACGCACAUGCAUGCCUUCAGAGGUAUUCCAUACGCAAAGGCCCCUGUUGGAGAUUUGCGCUUCGCUGACCCCAUAGACCUGGUGGAUCCGUGGCCAGGGAACUAUCUAAAUGCCAGUAAACUUGGGUCAGUCUGCCCUCAGUAUGACACGGAGGGCAAGAGUGUUUUGGGAAAUGAAGAUUGUCUUUUCCUCAAUGUUCAUACACCAUCCCGUCUAGAUGAGGAAAACCGAGCAGAGGGCAGCCUCCUCCCAGUGUUUGUCUUUUUCCAUGGAGGUGGUUACGUCAGAGGGUCAUCGUCCCCUCACGGAGCUGGAAAACUCCUUUCCAGGGAUAUCAUUGUUGUUACCGUCAAUUAUCGUCUUGGAGCACUAGGGUACCUCAGCAUGGCAGAUUCGCUUCUGCCUGGCAAUUAUGGGUUGCUUGACCAAGUCUCGGCUCUCAGGUGGGUACGGAGAAACAUUGCUCAGUUUGGAGGGGACCCAAACCAAGUCACCAUAGGAGGUUUCUCUGCUGGAUCUGUUUCUGUUCACUUUCAUAUGUAUUCUCCUCUAUCCAAAGGUUUAUUUCACCGUGGAAUAAUGUUAAGCGGAACAGUCUACUGCCCCUGGGCUCUGAGACCCAUUAGGCGUGAUCCCUUGAUCGCAGCACAAUUACUGGCGCACAAGUUAGGAUGCCCCUCUGGAAAUUCCAAGGCCUUACGGGAAUGCGUUGCCUCCAAGACAUUUGAGCAAAUAGUCAAAGCCCAGGCUUCAUUAUAUAAGUACGAAUUCACCCCAAACUGGUUUCCGCCAGUAAUUGACGGAGGACUUCGCGCUGCACCCUUCCUCCCAGCACCUCUGGAGGAGUUAACCCUUCGUCCAGUGCCCUCACUUAUAAGCGUUGUCCCCCAGGAAGGUCUGCUUACUGUCUGUCUCAUGCUUACACGGUCAGAGCAGCGGCACAAUGUGACGGCGUUCUACAAUGAGGUGGCACGAUUCCACUUUGUAAACUGGCCGGAUCCUGAAGCUGAAGAACGCAUGAAGGACCUGGCUGAAGCUUUUUAUUUCAGCGAACAUGCAAAAACAUCUCGUGAUGUUUUGGUGGAACAACUCACUGAGGGAAUAUCCAGUUACCGUUUUUUGAAAUGCAGUUGGGAGGCAGCAGCAUCCCUUGCUGAAUCUGGAGCACCUGUUUACACUUCUGUCAUGACUCACCGUGACCCCAACACUCCAACAUGGUCAGGACCCCUUUAUAAGAGACUGAAGGAGAUGGGAAUCAAGACACCAGCUCUUGACACGUACGUGUCCCAUGGAGAUGACCUGCUUUACCUCUUUGAUUUUCCUUAUGUUCUCAAGAAAGAGUCCAGCAGAGAUCAGAGGGUGGGCCAGAUGAUUCUUCACAUGUGGGCAAACUUCAUCAUCACUGGAAAUCCUCAAGAAGAACUGGGUCUUUUUUCCUUGGGAGACAUUCCAAAAUGGGAACCUGUUGUACCUCACCAGCCUGUUGGCUACUACGAGAUAGCUGUUGAGCCCUCCAUGGUACACAGACCCUUCGAUGUGAAGGAUAUGAACUUCUGGAAGAAUAUUGUGCCAAAUCCUGAUUUACGACAUGGUUUUCGAGCGAGACAGAUUCUGCAAGAUGUUGGCAAACAAAGCAUUGUGGGUGAAUGCCAAUCUAAUGAGAAUUGUGAUUUGUCACCUUAGAGAUCUCUCAUGUGUAAGGGCAGAAUAUGAAAUAGGUGUCUGCAUUUAAACCCUUCCUGCUAUGUAUCCUGUCUGAGGUCUGAUUCUGUGAUGUACUGUCGGCCAACGAAGAAUUGGCUUAGUUUCUUCAUUCAUUGUUCGUUAUGGAAAUAUUGUCAUAUGCAGGUGCCAGAUUAUUUACUUAACAAUAAAUAACAUUUCCUUUCAAAGGUGCUAUAUUUGAAAUAAAUUACAUUAGAAUUUAGUAGACUUAUUCAACGCAUUAAAGAUAAUUAUUUUGCAAAGUAAGGAAAAUAUAUACCGAUGGGUCCACGAAUUCUAAUUUUAUUCUCAGCUCUACCUUCGUGACAGCCUAAGCACUUUGAAGUUGGCUUUGUUGCCGCUCAAGUCUUGGCCCAACGUAUCGUACUGCACUGGGGUGUAGUCAUUUUGUCUCCUACAACCGAUAAAUAAUACAUUAAGGCGUUAACAUUCUUUAAUAACGAUGUUUAAUUAAACUAAUUUUGUCCUUUGAUCAAUAAAAUAAUUUGCAUGACACAUUUAGUGGGCCUAAAUUUGAUUUCUGAUUUUCACACAUGAUUAGCCUAGGUCUAUUUUCAGCAGUAUACUCUCUCGGAUACGAAAUGUGAAAGAAUAUUUAAAUCGACAAUAUCUAUAUAAAUCUGCUUUAUUUGAUUAUUCCCGUUAUUUUUGUUUUAUUGGCCAUGUUCAGCUUUUUUCUUAUCCUUUUCAUAAUUGUUUAACAUAAUGUACUCAGACCUAGCUAUUCAAAGUAAAAAAGCAAUCAUAAAAAAAUCAAACUAAUAUAA